AUGGCACCGUCUCAGCCUCACCUAAAGCUCAAGGUUCGGGGCCGCCCUCGAUAUCGCGCCUGGCAAUCCCGAGAGGCCUUUCUUUUGCGACAUCAUCUUCACCAUAGACCUCCUCAUUCACCGCGGUGCCAUCUACCAGGCAACCACAACACCCGGGAUGACCGUAAUGAUAUUCGCAACGAGACUCGAAAUAUCGCGGCUGAAGUAGAUCCCCGGACAAGUCCUCCAACUUCCUUCCGGUCCCACUCCUCAAGCAAUCGAAAUCCAUACUCUCGGUCAUCUCGCCCCUUAUCUUUGACCGUGCCUAAGCGUCGGCGGCUGAGUGAGAAUGACCUCGAUCAAAAUCAGCAGCGACCCCCAACGAAGCGUCGUCGAGUAUCCAAGGGAGACAAGUCAAAGGAGCUGUUUGACCAGGAAUUUAUUCUUAUCACUCAAACAAUGCCUAGAGUGGCCCAGAGACAUCUCCCACGAGAGCCACAGAGGCAGGUCACAGGAAACGACCGGAGCGACGAUUCUAUUCAAUCGCCAAGACAUCGCCCGAGACCCAUAUCUCCACUGGAGGAUUCACAGGCUGAGAACGAAUUCUACCAGGGAUUCAUGCGAGAUGACCCAACGGUCAAGGAUCUUGCAACUGGGGAAGAUGUAGAGUGUGAGGAUAAAGUAGUAGACUCCUUGGUCUUGAGUCAUGAUCAAGAACCUCCCAACAAUGACCGCAUCACUUCUCUUCGCCCAAACACUCGCACGUCCAUCUCCUCAGUCUUAUUCAACUGUUUCCUCGUUGUGCUAAAAAUUGGUAUUUUCACCUACUUGUACCGCCAAAUCUACCCCUAUAAGCCCUUUCGGGCAGUUGACUGGUAUGAAAAGGCCAUCGACAUUGCCGUAAUGGAGAUAACCGUCAGCCGCGUGGUGCUCUUUGGAGAAGCAGCGCUUGAGCCAAUGCGCUGGAAGGGCCAACCUGGGCUUUUACCUGAUCCUGAAGCUACACUCGAUGCAGGCUCUACUGGCAUGUCUGACUACGAUUCCGUCUCUGUCUACAAGCCCUGGGAGACAUCUUCGAACGGGACAUACCUGCCCGAACAUUGGUUCCUUAUGGACCUUGGCUAUGUACUACGAUCAGCCCUGAAUGACCUGCAGGAAAUAGCGAAUCAUGGUCCUCCACAGUUUAAGUUCACUCGAGGGACUAGUACCCAAUUUCGCUGGUCAACAAGCUCCGGUUCAUUUAUUUCUCCUCACAACUCUCUUCCGACAAUCCCAGACGAUGAAUGGGAUGCUUAUAUUGAAUCUGGUGUACCCGACUCAACCAUCCUCGGAAUGCCUCCUUAG